UAGUGCCUAGUUGUUUGUUUCAGUUUGUUCAUAUGAAAUUACUAACGUCGCAAUAAUUACCUAUCUACUAUGCUAAUAUGAGAUAAGCUAAUUAGUUUGAACCAAGAGUAUAAAUAAGGUCGAAUUUUUUGUUCAACGAAUCAUUUGUUGUGAGCGAUUUGUUGUGAGUUAUGAGCUCGAUGUUUAGCAAUUCAAUUGUCAUAUUAUUUAUUGCUUCGCUGAUUAAUAAUAUUAAUGGCGAAUGCUGUUACACUAAAAACAACGACCACGUAUCUUUAGAAAGGUACAGGUCACCAACUAUAUAUAGAUUUCCAUGGACUGCGAAAAUCUACCAAUUCAAUGCCUACAGAGCAUCUGGCGUAAUAAUUUCGAACAGGCAUAUAUUAGCGACUGCGAGCAACAUUCUUCCAUAUAAAGGGGUUCCAGUGGAAACCAAAGACAUUGGAGAUUCUCUCGAAAAGCAUUUCUGGAUAAAAUAUACAAAAAUUAGUUUAAAAUCCAGAAAUCGAAUGCAACUUGAAUAUGUGUACAUACACCCAAAUUAUAACCAUAUAACAUACGACAAUAACAUUGCCAUCAUUGAAGUAAAAGGAUUCAUAACUUUCGAAGAUUAUAUACAACCAGCAGUAUUGCCGAAAUCACCAGCAAAUUUUCACGGCAAAAAAUUACACAUAGCUAUUCCGUACGCUGCUUCUGAAGGAGGUACACAAUUGCUACGAUACAACGCUUCACUUCUAUCCGAAGAUGAUUGCGCCAGAGUUAGCGGUAAUACAAAUAGUUUAGCUAACACACUGUUAUGUGUUGAUAGUUUAUGCUCAGAUUCUCUGUGCAACAAGCUAUACUUUCGCGAUCCAAUUUUCAGUAUUACUGAGAACGAUUCAAUUGAAAUAAUUGGAUUGCCAUUGUGGCGGAAAAAAAGCAUUAGUGUGUAUAACGCAUCCAAAAUGUGUUUUGAAGAUAGAAAUGCAACCGUUUACAUCCGAAUUGUCGAUUUUCUGGCAUGGAUCGAUGAAAUUUUAUCCAAACGAUGCGGAUGUCACCUACAACAAUCACUUGAUUGUGGAGAACCGAUGUUUUUUUGCGAAAGUUGUGGAAAUUAUUUAAAAAUAAAUCCUAUUAUUUAAAAAUAAACAAGCUGAAAAUCGUCAAUUUUGAGAAAAAAUUGUGAAUUGUUCAAGUUCAAAUUAAAUUUUCAAUCAAAUAAACAAAACAAAUUCAAUUCAAAAUUUCAUUCGAAAAAAAU